UAUUUAGUUGGCAACGCAUUGCUCACAACAAAAAGCAGCUGCUAACGCUUCACAGCUGAUCGAUCCUUAAAAAAUGCAUACCGGGAUUCAUAUUUGUUAUUACAUGAUUUCCAAUUGUGUCGUAUUAAAAAUAUAAGUUAACAUGUUUAAAAGUAUUCGGGAAAUAAGUUCAAAACAACUGCUACAAACAUGUAAAACGGGUUUUUAUAAAAAAGGUUGUCAAAACAAAGCUGUGAAUUAUAGCACACAACCUGCAUAUCAAAUAAUAUUUGAUAGAAAAGCCAAGCGUUUACAAAAGGAACGUGCUGCUCUAAACCCGGAUGUAGAGCUCUAUGACUACUUGAAAGAAGAGGUUGGUUUUCGCUUAGCGGAUCGUAUCAUUGAUAUAAAACGUGAAUUUACAAAUGCCGCUGACAUUGGUUGCAGUCGUGGCUUUAUUUCCAAACACAUCAUGGCAGAAAGCGUACAGCAUUUAACGCUAUGCGACACGAGCCCUACAAUGCUGGCGCAAGCACAAGGCACACCAGGUCUGAAAUUAACUAAAUUAGAGGUGGACGAGGAGAAAUUGGAUUUUCCGGAUAACUCAUUAGAUUUAGUUAUAUCCAGUUUGAGUUUGCAUUGGGUUAAUGAUCUACCAGGUUGCUUUUCGAAAGUAAUACGUAGCUUAAAACCUGAUGGUGUUUUUAUAGCUUCUUUGUUCGGUGGUGAUACACUAUAUGAGUUACGCUCAUCGCUACAAUUGGCUGAAAUUGAGCGUAAAGGUGGUCUUUCGCCGCAUAUUUCGCCUUUCACGCAGAUCAGAGACGUAGGGGCUUUGCUGAAUCGUGCUGGCUUUACCAUGUUAACCAUUGAUACCGAUGAAAUUGUAGUGGGUUACCCUAGCAUGUUUCAACUCAUGUGGGAUCUAAAAGGUAUGGCAGAGAAUAAUGCAGCUUUCAAUAGGCCAGCGCAUAUAAGUCGCGAAACAAUGUUGGCGGCAAGUGCUAUUUAUAAGGAGUUGUACGCUAAGGAUGAUGGCGUGACGGCGACAUUUCAAAUAAUAUAUUUUGUCGGCUGGAAACCGGGUCCGAAUCAACCCAAACCUCUGGAACGUGGCAGUGGUGAUGUUUCGCUAAAGGAUUUAAGCAAGAUUAUCGAAUCUGGCGGACCAAAGAAAACGUAAUAAAAGAGUGAUGGUGCCAAUUUAAUAGAAGUAUGCAUAACUGUGCGGCCAAUGCAGUCGGAACGUUUUAUGAAGAAAACUCACUUUUGUAUUAUAGCAAAUGCUGUCUUUAUUGACUUUAGAAAUGAUAGUCUUUAAAUAUUAACGUAAAUAAGCACUAUAGUACGUAUAGCAGUAUACGCACAUACAUAUGUAUACAAAGUGUGGUAAUUUUUCUUUUAUAAAGUGUUUUAUUUUCUUUGAGUUUUGCAUAUUAAUUUUUGAAAAUAUAAACAUUAGCGAGUAUCACUUUGGUAAAAUAUAUUUUUGUUUUCUUUUAGACGCCAAAUUUAAAAUAAAUAUUUCUUUAUAUACAUGCUUCUUUGUGUAUGUACACACAUAUGUACAUAUCUGAACUGUUUUUGCAUGUCGUAAGCAUAUAUUUAGCACACUUAGUGACUUAAGCAUAAAUAGUUAUACAAAUAUAUACUUAAAAAGUAAUAUUACAAAUAAAAAAUAAUUCUUCAUAGGGACACUGCCAUGAAGAAUUCCAGUACAGCAUAGAAAUAUACAAUACAUACAUAUGUAUAACACAAAUUAUUAAACUAUUUAUAAAAAUUAUAUUAUUUCAAUUCAAUUUUGCGUAUUAUAAUUAUAUAUGUAUAUUGCUAAUAUUUGCUUUUUACACAUUGACUUUUAUUCUCAUUCGUUUUGUAAUUUUAUUUCUCUUAUAAAUGGACGUAAUUCAUUAACGUUUUUGUUUUGUUUUGUUUUUGUUAAUCAUUAGUGCCACUUGCAGUGCGUUUUUCACUCUUCACUUUCAAUAUUUAAUAAUAAUAAUUUACAACUAACAUUAUUUUUUCUUUAACUGUGAACUGUAAAUGGUUUAAACUCUGCUGUUUUGUAAAUUUUGGCUUAACAUUUGUGAAUAUUUAAAGUUUCCACUUUUUAUACUUCAUUUGCAUUGAAUUUUACUUGCUGUUAAUAAAUGCAAUGCAAGCCUGUCUAUUUGUAUGUAUGUAUGUAUGUAACUACUAUGUAUGCGUUUAUGCCAUUGAACUUGUAAACGUUUUGAGUUAUACCAUCUAUUUAGUGGUUCGCCUAUAUUGCUUUGCAUUCUAAAUUUAUUGAAGAACAGUAAAACUUUUGUUAUUUCUUAUAAAUUUGUAACAUGUAUGUAUGCAUGCAAGAGCUUUUAACUUUAUUUAAUACCAUACAUGUUUGCUAUAGAAAAAAAUAUUUAAAAAAUUGUAUAAUGCAUACUUUUACAUAUAAAAAUGCUAAAAUUUUGUAAAGAUGUGUAUUUGUAAUGUUGCGAAACGUAGCACAUAAUACUACUUUUUAAAGUAAAAAAGGUACACAUAUACAAUACAUAUGAGGAAUGGAAUUGUAUUCUAAAAAACUUUUGCAGAAAGUGUAAAUGCCUUAAAGAAAGGAAAUAUAAGUGUUAAGACAAAGGACUCGAUUAUGAGCGUUAUGAGGAUAGGCUAAGUAGAACAGCCUGUAACUAACUUUUUCCUACCAAGGACCGUUAACUUGACAGCAUACUUCAAAAGCAUUUGGGGAAUGAUUGAGGUUAUUAUUUAAACUAGUUAAUAAAUAUUGUAAAUAUGAAGUCAAACUGACAAGUUAUGAACAGUACAUUAAGUCGCUCUGAUGUCUUUCAUUCAAAAUUUUGAUGUUCCCGUUAAUAGGAAGUGCUUAAACGGAUAAACGGACAGAGUUUGUAAAAAACUUAUGAGCAAAUAAAUUUCUUAAAAUUUACAUUUUAAUUUGGUUUCAAAAGUAAGACUAUGUAAUAUUUUAACAGUCAAUUUACAGACUGCGAGUUUACUGAUGUUGACUUAAGGGGUUACAUCGGUUUCACGGUUUCAAAACAAAAAAAAA